AUGAAGAAUGCCACGGCGGCGAUGCUUCUGCUGGCGCUGAUGGUCGCCGCCGCCGCCGCGAGGAUCCCGUCCGACGCGGCUGAUCAGCCUUCUGGCGGCACGGCGGACGCCGCUAGCAGCCACUCCUACCACCACGGCCACCACCACAGCCGCGACGACAGCCGUUCUCCCCUGACGGGGCUGACGCAGUGCGUGACCAUCUGCGGGACGGCAGUGACCACGUGCUUGCUCAACUGCUACGGGCCGCUGACCAGCGGCGACCCGGUGGCGCUGCCCGUCUGCCUCCUCGGCUGCACCAACCAAGCAAUGGUCUGCGCCAGCAGCUGCUCCACCGAUAUCGUCGACUGA